CGCUCUCCUUUCUCUCCUUCCUUCCUCCGGAGAGGCACAGGGCUCCCCUUUUCCAGGACCUCGGGUCCCAUUAUCUCUCGAUCAUCCCUCGCUUGGCAUCUCGAAGCGACCUGAAAGCGAAAACGGUUGAAUGGGGAUCGAACCGAGGCCGGCCCCUCUCGGUUGAAUGGGGUGACCCCUCGGGCACUUUGUUUGCCAAGAGUGGGCUGUCUCUCGGACGCCUGCUCGGGACAGAGGGAGACGGUGUAAUUGGGGUAGGAAAUUAAAAAAAUUUUUUUCUAGAAAGGACUAUUGAAAAAUCCGGGGGCUUCAUUGCAGGCUCCGAGCUACCCCGAAUUUAAAAGGACCAUCAUCCAAAUUACGAAAUAGUCCAUCCACCUUUUGCAUUUAGAAUGUUGAACUUAGUCUAGUUUUGGAUUUUAUUUGGCGCUAAGCAGUCAUUCUAAUGAUUGGAAUGUUUAGUAUUGAUUAUUUGAGGUAAUAUGCACAAUUGAAAGCACGUUUAUUGUUUCAUAUUUAUUGCAGCCAUGGCUCUGAAAGGACAAGAAGAUUAUAUUUACCUUUUUAAGGACUCAGCGCAUCCAGUGGAUUUUCUGGAUGCAUUCAAAACCUUUUACUUGGAUGGAUUAUUUACUGAUAUCACCCUUCAGUGCCCGUCAGGCAUAAUCUUCCAUUGUCACCGAGCUGUUUUAGCUGCUUGCAGCAAUUAUUUUAAGGCAAUGUUCACAGCUGACAUGAAAGAAAAAUUUAAAAAUAAAAUAAAAAUCUUUGGCAUCCACCAUGAUAUUUUGGAAGGUCUUGUAAAUUAUGCAUACACUUCUCAAAUUGAAAUAACGAAAAGAAAUGUUCAAAGCCUGCUUGAAGCAGCAGAUCUGCUGCAGUUCCUCUCAGUAAAGAAAGCUUGUGAGCAGUUUUUGGUAAGGCAUCUGGAUAUUGAUAACUGUAUUGGAAUGCACUCCUUUGCAGAAUUUCACGUGUGUCCAGAACUAGAGAAGGAAUCUCAGAGAAUCCUGUGUUCAAGGUUUAAGGAAGUAUGGCAACAAGAAGAAUUUCUGGAAAUCAGCUUUGAAAAGUUGCUUUUUAUCUUGUCCAGAAAGAAUCUCAGUGUUUGGAAAGAAGAAGCCAUCAUAGAGCCAGUUAUUAAGUGGACUGCUUACGAUGUAGGAAAUCGAAUUGACUACCUGUAUAAUCUACUAAGCUAUAUCAACAUAGAUAUAGAUCCAGUGUAUUUAAAAACAGCUUUAGGCCUUCAAAGAAGCUGCCUACUAACCGAAAAUAAGAUACGGUCUCUGAUAUACAAUGCUUUGAACCCCAUGCAUAAAGAGCUUUCCCAGAGGUCCACAGCCACAAUGUAUAUCAUUGGAGGCUAUUACUGGCAUCCUUUAUCAGAGGUCCACAUAUGGGAUCCUUUGACAAAUGUGUGGAUUCAGGGAGCAGAAAUACCAGAUUAUACUAGGGAGAGCUAUGGUGUUACAUGUUUGGGACCCAACAUUUAUGUAACUGGGGGUUACAGGACAGAUAACAUAGAAGCUCUUGACACAGUGUGGAUCUAUAACAGUGAAAGUGAUGAAUGGACGGAAGGUUUGCCAAUGCUCAAUGCCAGGUAUUACCACUGUGCAGUCACCUUGGGUGGCUGUGUCUAUGCUUUAGGUGGUUACAGAAAAGGGGCUCCAGCAGAAGAGGCCGAGUUCUAUGAUCCAUUAAAAGAGAAAUGGAUUCCCAUUGCAAACAUGAUUAAAGGUGUGGGAAAUGCUACGGCCUGUGUCUUACAUGAAGUUAUCUACGUCAUUGGUGGACACUGUGGCUACAGAGGGAGCUGCACCUAUGACAAGGUCCAGAGCUACAAUUCGGAUAUCAAUGAAUGGAGCCUCAUCACUUCUGGUCCCCAUCCAGAAUAUGGACUGUGUUCAGUUCCAUUUGAAAGUAAGCUCUAUCUAGUUGGCGGACAAACUACAAUCACGGAAUGCUAUGACCCUGAACAAAAUGAGUGGAGAGAGAUAGCUCCCAUGAUGGAAAGAAGGAUGGAGUGUGGUGCUGUCAUCAUGAAUGGAUGUAUCUAUGUCACUGGGGGAUAUUCCUAUUCAAAGGGAACAUAUCUUCAGAGCAUUGAAAAGUAUGAUCCAGACCUUAAUAAGUGGGAAAUCGUGGGUAAUCUUCCAAGUGCCAUGCGGUCCCACGGAUGUGUUUGUGUGUAUAAUGUCUGAUUGAAUUUGUAGAAAUGACCAAGUAAUCACUGUUUUGGGGUGUAGUAAAAAAAAUGCAGAGUUUGGAGUUCCUUGCUUCUUGUUGUGGCCUGGCACAUAAUAGGUAAAUUUUCAUUUCUAACACCCACUCUAUACCUCAACCCAGUGAUGAAUGAUCAAGAGAAAUCUAAUGUAUGUUUGCAGUUGAAGCAAUGGGUUAGCAUCUAUAAUCUCUGAUUUUUGAAGGUGGUAUGGAAUAUUGGACACUUGGUGAAAGGUGAAAUGCCUUUGUAGUAAAUUUUUUCUCCUGGUAGCAUGAACACUGGGUGCAGGACAGAAUCAUUCUUUGGAAUGAAAUGUCUCUUAUGACCCUCUAAUGUAAUUGACAGUGUACAUUAAGGUUCUAUUUAGCUAGUAGGGAAUUUGAAAUUUAAGGAGGGAAUCUUCUCUACCUCUGCAAAAUCAACACUUUAAAAAAAAUUUUUUAUCACCUUUAGAAUUAUUUAGAAUGUGGUCUUACUUUAAAUCUAGUUUUUUUUCCUUUGUUGUGUGUAUAUUCAUUGUUAUUCUUUAUUUACUGACUAACAGAUAUACAAGAUACUGUGCAAAAGAUAAUUACUGUUGAGAGUUUACAAACUAAAUGUAAAAGAAUGGCAUAUCUGAAAAAUUGCAAAGAAAAUAGUCAAACAUUUGCUGAUAGUAAGAACUGUUUUUAAUAUGCAGCUUUGAUAUAAAUCACUAGAUUAGGUAUCUUUCUUUUAAGCAUGUUAGAAAAUCCUCUUUAUUCUUAAGUAUAGACAUGUCUGCAUAUAAAAUUGAAUUUUAGAG